UGGAAUCUGCUUGACAGAGUGCUUGACCCCACCAGUUAAAUAAGGUUAUAAAAGGGAGGCGAUCUCCCCUAUUUUACUUCUAAUCCACAUCUAAGUAAUUCCCAAGGAACUGGAGGAGCCACCUUGCCUUUUCGUGUACAUCCUACACACGAUGUAGGACUCUACAAAAGAUGCCAAGAAUUGACUGGCAAGAGAUGAUCUGCAAGAAAGCUUCACAAACUAUGAGGCGGGAUGCCGUCGCGCCGGAGAAGAAGGACGCAGGGACUUCACGCUCCGAAGUCCCUGGCCUCGCGGAGGGGGGGGAAGUCCGCAGAGCGAGCGGACUCCCCGUAAAAACACCGGGUAGAGAGUCCCGGUGACUCACGCGCCCAGCGGCUGCUCCGUUUUGUGGAUCCCCCGCUGCCCGAGAGCUCAGUAGAGCGAUCGAGAGCCAGCGGGGUGGAACCGCGGGAGCCAUUUUGGGCUACAUCUUACCUCCAAGAAGCGAAGCUCCGAGUCCUGACCCGGCAAGCGGCGGAUUUUUCCAAAGAAAAUAAAAGAUUUCCAUAAAGUAAGUGAAAUUCUUAUUCGGACUUCAAAAAUAUUAAUUGGAAAAAUAGGAGAGAUUUUAAAGAAACGGAAGUCGAUCUCUUCCUAAUGGCAAAUCGGGAGGCGCUUUAAAUAUACUCAAGCCGAAAGAGAAAAAAGUUUCUGGGAUUGUGGACCCGAGAGAAAGAAAGACUUUUCCAACCCUUCUCAGCUCCCGAGUCCGGCACCCCUUGAGGUACAGCAUUGUUAAGGAGAAGAGUGCUUUGACAGCUGUCAAAAGCUGUCAAGCUGUUAAAAGACUGGGAGGAUUUACUACAUUGCUGUGAACGGUAAAAUUUGAUUGAAAAUGAGGUAGAACUAUUCAAAUUGGAAUUAGGACUGGAUUUGUGAUGGAGUUAAAGACAAAGGAGAAGACCAGCCAAGAUGGAGCCGAUCGUUUAACAGGAAGGAAUUUUCCAGCACCCUUUGCUCCCUAUCUCCUGUUUGUUUGCGGUUAAGAGAAGUAUGAAAACAAAGUAUUCUCGAGCCUUCCAGGAGGCUGUGCUGAACUAUCUACAAACAUGGGAGGACAUUUACAAGGAACGGCAACAUCCUAAUUUAUCAUCAGUAGAGGCUGAAGUCCAAGUUCAGGAUUUAGAAGACAAUUUGGAAUUUGAGACUUUUGAUUUCGAGGCUGUGUGUGAGGAGAAACAACCUGAUGAGAAUUUAGAAGGUGGCUUGGACUACAAAAAAUAUGUUUUGGAUGAAGCAAAGCAUGGGUUUCAAAAGGAAGAAAAGCAAGAAAAUGAGAAGCAAAGGGAUAUGAAGAUCAAUGAGGACCCUGGAGGGACCAAAAUGUGGAGUGGUGUCAUUGAGGGAUGGGAAAGACAGGGGCAGGGGGGAACAAAGGCCUGGAGACGGAACUGGGAAAGAACUGGUGUGGGGUGAAAAUUUUAGUUAAAAGGUUUUUCUUGGCUUUUGAACGACGGUUUUCGAAAUCUUGGCUUGUUAAAGGAAAUGCUGAUCCAAUUGGGGGGGAAAGACAUAGGGAGAGGGGAAGGAGAGUGUGCUAAAGUAUAUGAUUAAGAUUUAGAUUAGAGAUAUGAUAGUAUUAAAAAAACUGUGUUUUCUGGAGGGAGUCAGAAGAAUGGCUGAGGAAAGAAUUUUUAGUUUAAUAUUAAUAUCUGUGAGUUUAGAUAGGUGUCUGGGUAGAGAGCUGCCUGUCCUCCUCUCUUUACUCGGAGACACCCAGUGGCAGGGGGUGCUCAGAGGGGAGGGGAGGGGGUGGAAGGAAACCCAGACACAAAAAUGGAACCUUUGAAGUGCUGUGCCCUGUGGGUUCCCCUUGUGGCAGGAGGGGGCCUGUGGGAGGGCAGCAUGAAAAAGGAGGAGGAUUAAGUUAAUACUAUAAGAAUAAGAUUUUGAAUUGGAAUAGAAAAUCCGCCAUUAUUAUUUAGAGAAGUUAGGAAAACCAGGAGGAAGAGUAUCGAGGAAGUCACAAUUAUAAUGUUAAGAAAAUAAGAACUGGGAAUUUAUAUUAUUAUUAUUAUUAUUAUUGAUGUGUUGUGUGUAUUUGUUUAAGUAUGUUUAUGAAAGAGCUGAGGGGAAACCAAUCCUCAGAGCUCCUCCAUCCGGGUCCUUUCAGUGGCAGGGAGGGGAUGAGGGGGGAGGAGGGAGGGGGGAGGCCAAACCCAACUUAUAAUUGGACCCCUUUGAUUCUCAACGCCCACGGGUACCACUGGUGGCAGACGUGGACUGGUGGGUGGAGGGAAAAUGAAGGGACAGUGUCAUAUUGUAUGUUUUGUUUGUCUUGUUUGUAUAAAACUAAUAAAAAUUAUUAUAAAAAAAAUAAUAACAUGACAGGGAUGGUGCCUUAGCUGACUUGGCUUUCGGCAAAGUAGCACCAGGGCUGCCUCACUAGAUACCCCAUUCUCAACUUUGAGAGCCCCAUAAAAAUGUAAGAUGUAUAAAAAUUGUUCACUGACUUUCUCAUUGCAUAUAAGUUUUAAAUACUUGGCAAAAGCAGGUAUGAUUGUUGCAAUAUGGAUAUUAAUUUUUUUUCUUUAAUUUUAUUAACACCACAGGACCAGCCCUUUCCUUAAAAGUGAGCAGCCUUAACAGAGAAGAAAGUUCCAAAAGGCUGAUUGCCGCUAGCUGCUGAUUUUGUGGGUUCACCUUAUCUGUACUUAAAAACAGCCAUAAAAACAAGAAGAAUAAAAUCACAAGAUGAUGAUAAUAAUAAUAAUAAUAAUAAUGUAUUAUUUAUACCCUGCCCAUCUGGCUGGGUUUCCCCAGCCACUCUGGGCGGCUUCCAACAGAAAAAUAAAAUAAAAUAAUUGAUUAAAACAUUAAAAGCCUCCCUAAACAGGGCUGCCUUCAGAUGUCUUCUAAAAAUCUGAUAGCUGUUUUUCUCUUUGACAUCUGAUGGGAGGGCAUUCCACAGGGCAGGCGCCACUACCGAGAAGGCCCUCUGCCUGGUUCCCUGUAACUUGGCUUCUCGCAACGAGGGAACUGCCAGAAGGCCCUCGAUACUGGACCUCAGUGUCCGGGCAGAACGAUGGGGGUGGAGAUGCUCCUUCAGGUAUACUGGGCCGAGGCCAUUUAGGGCUUUAAAGGUCAGCACCAACACUUUGAAUUGUGCUCAGAAACUUACUGGGAGCCAAUGUAGAUCUUUCAAGACCGGUGUUAUGUGGUCUCGGCGGCCACUCCCAGUCACCAGUCUAGCUCCCGCAUUCUGGAUUCUUCCAUGUGUGCCUGGAGUUGUUCAGCAAGCAUUCGCUCAAUCACCUUGCCCAAGAAUGGAAGAUUUGAGACUGGGCAAUAGUUGGCCAUAUUGGCCUCAUCUAAAGAUGGUUUUUUAAGAAGCAGUUUAAUAACCGCCUCUUUCAGCUGGUCUGGUAAGGCUCCCUCAGAGAGAAGCAUUCACCAACCCGCGAAGCCCAUCACCCAGCCCUUCUCGGCUAGCUUUUAUAAGCCAGGAUGGGCAAGGAUUAAGAAGACAGGUGGUUGGUUUCACUCGUCCAAGUAGCCUGUCCACAUCCUCAGAGGUAACAGAUUUAAAUUGAUCCCACGCAACAUGACUAGACAGAUCUCUAGCACUCCCCCGCCCUGGCCCUGCUCCCACGGUGGAGUCUACCUCUUCCCGAAUCUGAGCGACUUUAUCUGCAAAAAACUUUCAAAAUAGUUGCAGGAGAUCAUGUGGCCUGUACUGGGCCCCGAUGGAGCAGGUGGUUCCACUAAACUGCGGACCACCUGAAAAAGUCUCCUGGUGCUGUUUUCUGCAGAUGCAAUAGAGGAGGUGAAGAAAGUCUUCUUCGCCGUCGCUACCGCCGCUUGGUAGGCUCAACAUUGAGCUCUAACCCGUGUCCGGUCAGCUUCAGAAUGAGUUAUCCGCCACCGGCGCUCUAGCAGUCUCAGCUAUUGUUUCAUUGCCCUCAGAUCCGUGUCUGGGCUCCAUGCAAUCGGAGAGGGCGCUUAGGAGCCAAACAGUCAAUAGCCCUGGUUAACUCCACAUUCCAGCGAGCCACCAGGAAAUCGGCUGAAAGGCCAUCAACAUGGGAUAAAGCAUCCCCUACCACUCUCUGGAAACCAUUUGGAUCCAUUAAGUGGCGGGGGCGGACCAUCCGAAUCGGUCCCACCUCCCUGCAGAUUAAUCAUAAUAAUCAUACAAAGCCUAAAAAAAGAAUGUGUGACAUAAAAUACAUUCUGUAGUGAAAUACAAGGUUCAUAUUUGUACCAAACAUACCAAAUCUUCAUGAAUGUUGCCAAAUAAACUCCUAUUUAAUGGGAAUGUGCCAACCAUGAGAUGGUUUGGUCAUAUAAAUCAAAUGGUUUGGUCAUAUAAAUCAAAUGGCCUCUAAGCAUAUCUCUCUCUCUCUCUCUCUCUCUCUCUCUCUCUCUCUCUCUCUCUCUCUCUCUCUCUCUCUCUCCACACACACACACACACACACACACACACAGUCCUGCACAAAGUUCUAUUGGCACUUUAAAGUUAGCCAGUGUUGUCACAUGAUUAAAGAGUUACAGAACUACAGAAAUUCUCAAGGUUUUCAUUAUGCUUUUUCAUUGGGAGCCUUUAUGGGUGGGAAAAUCACUUGUCAACAAAACACAAGACACUGGGAACAUACAAGAAGAAAAAAUAGCGUAGGAGCAAUCCUUUGGACAGCAGGGUAUGUGGCUACAGAUAUGAGUCAGAAUCACCAUAAAGUGUGUGUUUUUAGAUAUCUUGCAGUAUUUAAAUUAUAAACAGAUGUCUGUGGAAAGAUGUCUGGCCUUCUCUUUCUCACAUGCAAUGUAUUAAUCACUUUGCUCUAUAAUAAACUACAAAGAUAACAUCUUGCUGAGUCCUUUGUAUUCAGCCAAUUACGUCUUCCCCCUACUUCUGUAUUAUUCUGGGGUCAGUUCUAACCAGGAAUAAAAACAAAAGAAAAUUUCAAUGAACUCCUUUUUGCACCUAUUUCACUUCCUCAUGUUUGAGGAGAAGAUGCAAGUUAUAAUCAAAGCAGCACCCAGGACCUGCUGUAACAUCUUGGUUCAAUUUCUCUGCUACUGGUCAGGUAGGGAGAGAGUAGUUGUUAGAACAAACUGAAACAUUAAAGACCACAACAUACCAGACAUGCUUACUGUUCCAAAAUCUUCCACUCUCUAGGGAAGAAAAAACUUCACACUGAGAUUGUGUAUAUAAAUCUUCAGUGACAUCUAAAGCCUUCAUCUAAAGGCUCAGGGAUCACACUGGGUUUAGCGGAAAAAUACAGCCAUGUUGUCAUUCUAUCAUUAUAUUCAGUACCUAACUCUGAAUUCAUUAUUCUUCCUAUUCAUGAUUUACAACAGAUCAGAAUACAAAAAAACAGAAAAUCGAUCCAUGAUUAUUAUUUUGUAUGAAAUUUUAUUCUCUGGAAGAAAGCAACCCAAACAUGUAUAUAUACAAGUGAGAGGAGCUCUCCAGAGCCUUGCCAAUUCAAAUCUGAUUCAUUUAAAAAUGGAUUGAGUUUAGAUGUACUCCACGAGACAUCCACUAGGCUAUUUUUUCCACUGGAUCACUUCUAAGCAAAACAUGGCACAGGAGAGGGUCUGCCUAUUACUAUCCAUAACAAGAGCAAAACAUUUUUUCAUUUCCCAACUAUAUGUGUACAUAUACAGAUAAGACACAAAAUACAUGCACAACAUUAUUCAAUCAGCAAAUAGCCAAAAAUCUCUGACACCAUAGAAGUUCCUUUAUAUACUGCACCACUCCCAAUAUAUCACAGUUCUACUAAUUCCUUAAAAAGAGAUUGAACAGCUAAAUGUAAGCACAUAUUUUCCUCAUGAACACUACUGUACAGCAUUACAACAUGAACACAUCCCCCCACAUAAAAGUGGCAGUAUUUAAGAACUUAAAAGGCAUGCUUUUCUAGGAUGAAUCUUCCACUCAAACAAAAAACCUGAACAAAAGCCCACACCCUUUAAAUGUUUUUAAACAGUAUUUUUUAUUUUUGUUGCAGAAUAAGCUAUGGCAGCACCCAUUUAAAACUAGAGCUAGUCUUUGCAGUUUUCUUUGGAGCACAGACUAUGUUCAGUUUCAUCAUGCCAUGUGUUCUGUGAAAUACAGUUAUUUGACACAGCCUCUGUUGCUUUACUUAAAUCAUCUGCCAACAAGUCUCAACUGAACAAACAUAUCAACUGAGAGAGUAACCUUUUCAACUAUUUUAGCCAAAUGCUUAUUAACCCCAUGGUGCCAGUGAUUUGUGCCUUUCCGAGCUCUUAUUAGCACAUGGAAUGGAAAAUCUUUGCAUUUUGCACUAAGGAAGGCUAAUUCAAUGCAAUCAAUUUAGAAUUCACCCUGAAGACAGUUGAAUUCUUGGUUACUAACUAUUGUUUAUCACAUGAAAUGUGGCUAAUCAGUAACACCAAUCAGAUGUGUGCAUUGACUCAACAAGGAUCUUAUUUUUAUUUAUUUAUUAGAUUUAUAUUCUGCUGUUCAUUAUAAGAUCUCAGGGCAGUUCACAGAAUAAAAUACAGGAUAAAAACAAGCAAGUAAGUAAAACAAAACAGCAAAACAAUAAUGGCCCCUCCUAUCCACAGACACAUUUAAAAGGCUGUAGAAUAUUAAUCAGCCAACGGCCUGGUUGAAGAGGAAUGUUUUCUCCUGGUGCCUAAAAAUAUAUAAUGAAGGCACCAAGUGAACCUUGCUCGAAAUAGUAUUCCACAAAUGGGAAACAAGUUGACUCUUAUCACAGAUACACAGCCUGUCCUGGAUGUGCAAACUGCGAAAUCAUCCACAUUGUACAGUAACCAUUAUCUUCUAACCAUUAAACUGGUGGACUAUGGAAUCAUUUACUUUUUGCCUCUGUUCCCUAUUUACAGAGCAACAGCCUUUGCACAAAGGAAAAGCUACUGAAACACACCACACACCAUAGCCUCCAGUAGAAAAAAAAAUAUAAGGGAAGAACCCAUCAAUACAGAUGACCAAGCUACCAUAUAGUUAAUAAAACCAAGAGACACGAUGGACCGUGCUCUUCUGUUACUGCUGUUUUCCACCCCUGUCUGGAGCCUCAUGAAUGGAAUAGAUGCAGAACAAGAUUUCAGCUGGCAGUUAAGAAAAGUACCACAGAUAGUGAAAGAAAAAACUUUCCUCCUCGAUGCUCCUAAAUUUGAAGCAAAUGCCAAAUUGGAGCUGAGUGGAGUGUGUGGGAUUGAAUGCCAAAGGACUCUCCCGGUGCCACGCCUGUCAGACUUGAAGGAGCUCCUCUCCUACGAGACUGUCUUCGAGAACGGCACACGGACCCUGACUGAGGUGAAUGUUUUGGGAGCAGAUCUUGACCCAGAGGCAAACACCACCGCCAAGGUGCACUCCCGGAGAAAGAGGCAGGUCUAUGGCACCGACAGCAGGUUCAGCAUUUCCGACAUGCGCUUCCUGACCAACUUCCCUUUCAACACCGCUGUAAAGAUCUCCACGGGCUGCAGCGGCAUCCUGAUUUCACCAAAGCACGUCCUCACUGCUGCUCACUGUGUGCACGAUGGCACAGAUUACAUCAAAGGCAGCAAGAAGCUGAGGGUGGGGUUGCUGAGGCUGAAAUCCAAAGGGGGCGGUGGCAAGAGACGCAGGGGAGCCAAGAGGAGCAAGAGGGAAGUGUCAGAGGUUGAGGACCACCAUGCUGAUGCCAAACAGCUGGAACAAGGUCCCAGCAAGAGAGCUGGCAAGAAACAAAAGGCAUCUGGGUUGAAUGAGAGGAAAUCUGAGCGUAAGCCCUCCUUCCAGUGGACCAGAGUUAAAAGCACACAGAUCCCCAAAGGCUGGCUGAGAGGCAUAACUGGAGAUGUUGCAGUGGAUUACGACUAUGCAGUCCUGGAGCUCAAGCGUCCUCACAAGAAGAAAUACAUGGAGCUGGGCAUUAGCCCGGCUAGCAAAACAAUGCCUGGAAGCAUGAUCCACUUUUCCGGAUAUGAUGCUGACAGAUCUGGCCAACUGGUCUAUCGGUUUUGCAGCGUGUCUGAGGAAUCCAGCGAUCUCUUCUACCAGUAUUGUGACGCCGAGUCUGGCUCUACCGGAUCAGGAAUCUACCUUCGCCUUAAAGAGCCCAACAAGAAGAAGUGGAAGCGCAAAAUUAUUGCCAUUUAUUCCGGUCACCAGUGGGUGGAUGUCAAUGGGGAAGAGCAGGAUUACAAUGUGGCCGUUCGAAUUACUCCCGUCAAAUAUGCCCAGAUUUGCCUCUGGAUACAUGGGAACAAUGACAAUUGUGCACAGGGCUAAUGGCAGCCAAUGCAAGAUCAGCUCUAGUAUCUGACAGUGCUAUGAAGUGAAGAACCUGCAAAAAUAAAUGCUGAACGUACAGUGACCUGCAUCUGACUUUAUUUGAACUUGAAACCAGCAUUUUUUCUGAUAUGCUGAAAACAUUUACACAGCAUUUAGCAGAAUUUCUUUUCAACUGAGUUGUUUAAAUUGACCAUAGAUAUGAUGUGCACUUAAAGUCCCAUAUUGUAUUACUGUAUUUAUUGUUUUUAAAUUGUGGUAAAUUUGAGUCAUUCAUAUUAUGGAACAGAAACUAAUGGCUCUUUCUGUUUGCUUGCAUUUUUAAGGAGAAGUGUCUUCUCUUUUAACUGGUACUAUUAAACUAUGUGAUUGUUUUGUUUUCAACUUAUUUACUUGUCUCAGGGUUCUGCUCCAGUAAGUGUUUUUUCUUUUCCUGUUACGCAGGUUGCAUGUCCAUUAUUGUACAGUAUCUGCAGGAGAAUCCAAUUGUGAAACACUGGGAUAAGACAAGAAACAAAGCUCUCUCAUAACCCUUAUUACUGUAGACAAUACCUCUUCACAUUGAAAUGCCUCUGCCAAGUUAGCCUAGUUUAGAUCAUAUGCAAAACCCACAAACUCCUUUCCCUUGAAUUCUAAAAUAGCAAAGCGAAACUUAAUGAAUGUAGCAUGUCUUCUGUUUGUGGGGGGAAAGAAACCAUAUGAGUACAAUUUAAUGCCUGUAAAUUUAGUUUUAGAAGAUAUGCAAAAGUGAGACUGUUACAGUAAAUGUGUAUUUGUUUUAACCAGUCACUAUUUUGAACAAAUCACUGCCUUAAAAAAAUAUAACCAUCAACAUCAAGUGAUGUUAAUUUUGAUAAGAGGCAACAGUGACAACUACUAAUUCAAGUUUUGAAAACUGGUUAAAAAGAGCUAAACAUACCAAAGAUGAAUAAGGUUGUCUUAAAAAAUGGGAUUAUAGGCCCAUGAGGCCAUAUGCACUUGAGAGUAAGGGCAGCCCCCAUUCACCUCACUAGAGAGGAGGGCAGCUCUCUUUUUUUCAAUACAAAUCUCUGGCCCAUUCAUUGAAGUGAAUGGGGAAGCCUUUACAACAAGGCCAAAACACAUUGUUGAGAUGACUAUUGAAUUGGGACUAUCCUCAGAUGGGUUUCUGGGUUGGGUAGUUGUGUUCAUUCUCAGCAUCGAGAAUUUCCAAAAGCAGAUAAUUCUUUUCAACGUUACGGAAAAUGUAGGUUAAAUUCUUAUGUAAAUAUAUUAGGUGACUUAUUAUAUAGCAAUAAACCAACUGGGUUCAUUUUCAUUUCUGAACCUCAACUUUUACUAGCAAAGUAUUUAACUUGAGCUUAAGUAUUGCAAAUUUACACAUUUCAGUAGCUUUUUAAAAAUUAUAUCAGCUGAGCUUCCUACUUCAAAUGUACUAGUGUAUGUGAAAGACCUUUGUGACAAAGCUGGUUGUCAGGAUGCUGUUUAAUAUGUAACAUUAAGAUGCAUACUCCAGGCUCAUAUAAGCUUGGUUUUUAUUAGCAUUACAGUAAUUCAGUUUUUAACUUGUAUUGAUCAAUUUUUUUCCACCAGUGUGGAAGAACAAAGAUUUUUUUUAAAAAAAUAAAUGACUAUUAAAAUAUAUAUU